AUCAAAAAAAAAAAGGGCAACGUCAAAUUCAUGCCAGAUAAGAUUGGCAUAUUGCUUUAUUUAGCACACCCUUCUCUUAGUCUCUAGUAGGAAGUCCUCUUCUCAAUUCAGCUCCAUGGCUAAUACCCCUCUCAACACCGCCAACACCAGGCUUUCCUUGGCCAUGGAGAGGACAGGCCAAUGGGUUUUCUCCCAAGAUAUUCCAACCGACGUGGUGGUUGAAGUUGGAGAAGCAAAGUUUUCUCUUCACAAGUUUAUGCUUGUGGCAAAAAGCAACUAUAUAAGAAAACUCAUACUGGAUUCAAAAGAAACGGAUUUGACCAGAAUCAAUCUCUCCGAUAUACCGGGAGGCCCAGAGAUGUUCGAGAAAGCAGCCAAAUUCUGCUAUGGCGUCAACUUUGAGAUCACAGUUCACAACGUCGCGGCUCUCCGUUGCGCCGCUGAGUACCUGCAGAUGACCGACAAGUACUGUGACAACAACCUCGCCGGUCGCACUGAAGACUUCCUCUCUCAGGUUGCUCUUUCUAGCCUCUCCGGCGCCGUCGUUGUCCUCAAGUCCUGUGAGCUUCUCCUUCCCAUGGCUCAAGAUCUCGGAAUCGUCCAGCGUUGCAUUGACGUUGCAAGUCUCAAGGCAUGCAACGAAGCCAACUUUCCUUGUCGCUCACCGCCAAAUUGGUGGACGGAGGAGCUGUCGAUCCUGGACAUUGAAUUCUUCCAAAGAAUCAUUGCGGCCAUGAAACAACGAGGCGCCAAGACUUUAACUAUUGCGAGUGCUAUCAUAACCUACACAGAGAGAUCUCUCAAGGAUCUGGUGCGAGACCACACCGGCUGUGGCAUCAAGUAUUCAGAUCAUGGUGACUCCGAUAUCAGAAACAAACAGCGGGAACUUCUUGAGUCAAUCGUCAAGCUGUUACCCGCUGAGAAGGCAGCUUUUCCCAUCAACUUUCUCUGUUGUCUCCUCCGAUCUGCUACCUUCCUUAAGGCCCCCACAGCUUGCAAGAACGAGCUCGAGAAGCGAAUCGCCGCAAUUUUAGAGCACGUGACGGUCGACGACCUUCUGGUAUUAUCCUUCACUUACGACGGAGAGAGGCUGUUCGAUUUGGAAAGCGUCAGGAGAACCAUCUCUGCCUUCAUGGAGAAGGAGAAGAACAUGACCAUCUUCAACGGCGGUGAUUUCCAGGAGCCAUGUUCCGCUACUACGCAGAGAGUUGCAAAGACCGUGGACAGCUACCUUGGGGAGAUCGCCACCUACGCUGAACUCAGCAUCUCCAAAUUCAACGGUAUCGCUAAUCUUGUCCCUAAAGGUGCUCGAAAAGUCGACGACGAUCUCUACCGCGCCAUUGACAUUUACUUGAAGGCUCACCCGAAUCUGGAUGAGAUCGAGAGGGAAAAGGUCUGCAGCUCCAUGGACCCUCUUAGACUAUCGUACGAGGCGCGAGUACAUGCGUCGCAGAACAAGCGGUUGCCAGUGCAGAUCGUUUUGCAUGCAUUGUACUACGAUCAGCUAAAGCUGAGGAGUGGGGUGGCGGAAGAUCCAAAGAUGGCAGAUGCCGUCGCUACUCGGAACCAGCUGCAAGCGGACGUGUCGCUGAUAAGAGAGAACGAAGCACUGAGAACCGAGCUGAUGAAAAUGAAGCUAUACAUAUCGGAUAUGCACAAGAACCCUGGAUCAGGGACGAGCAGCAAAGGAGGCCAGCGGAAGAACACUUUCUUCUCUUCCAUGUCCAAAACGCUUGGAAAGUUGAAUCCUUUCAAACACGGGUCUAAAGACACCUCCAAUCUUGAUGAUAAUGCUGUUGAUAUCACCAAGCCUAGAAGAAGAAGAUUCUCUAUUUCUUAGACCUAGCUAUGAAGGAUUAAUGAUCACCAUUAUCAAUUACUAAGUUCUUCGUUUUGGAAUAGUUGUGAAUAGAUGUAGAAGUUUGGGGAUCAGGAUUCAAAAACAUGCGUACCGCAUUCUUUGUUUCCUUCUCUAAUUUUAAAUUCGUAUAUUGUGUUAAAUUCGUUAUUGUUUUCUUUUAAUGUUGUUUAUGAAUUUUGUUUAGACUAUGUAUUAUGUGGUAGCAGUGGGAAAGAAAUUGUGGCAUACAAAGAAAUAAUAAUAAUUACAUAAAUUUUGGUGUA